AACAAAUUAAUGAAAGAUUGAUUAUUUAGUCUCCGUCAAUGCUGUCUCUACGAGGUCCGGAGUUCGAUGAGAAACCUCGGGAUGGUAAACUGCCUCCGAUAAAACAGGAAGACGACAGAUUAUUUUCUAUGGCUGAAUCCAACUAUGAUGAUUAUGAUACAAGAACAGAAUCCAGGCUAAGCCUCUCAAGUGCAGACAGUAUGAAAAGCUCCAGAUUACCCAAUAUUGAGAGUGAUAGAGAUGACUCAGCAAGGCCAGCCUCUUCACCCAGAGCACAUAAGAGGAAGAAAUCUCAUAUACCAACAGCUUCAGCUGCAUCUACCCCUAGAUCUGGAGAAAGGAAACUGUCUCGAUCUCAAUCCGUUCAUUUCCCACCAAUAUCCUCCCGUUAAAUAUAUCCGUUCAUUUCCCACCAAUAUCCUCCCGUUAAAUAUAUCCGUUCAUUUCCCACCAAUAUCCUCCCGUUAGAUAUAUCCGUUCAUUUCCCACCAAUAUCCUCCCGUUAAAUAUAUCCGUUCAUUUCCCACCAAUAUCCUCCCGUUAGAUAUAUCCGUUCAUUUCCCACCAAUAUCCUCCCGCUAAAGAUAUCCAUUCAUUUUCCUACAAUAUCCUCCCGCUAAAUAUAUCCGUUCAUUCCCACCAAUAUCCUCCCGCUAAAGAUAUCCAUUCAUUUUCCUACAAUAUCCUCCCGCUAAAUAUAUCUGUUCAUUUCCUGCACCAAUAUCCUCCCGCUAAAUAUAUCUGUUUAUUUCCCACCAAUUUCCUACCGCUAAACAUAUCCGUUCAUAUUUCCCACCAAUAUUCUCCCGCUAAACAUAUUUGUUCAUUUCCUGCACCAAUAUCCUCCCGCUAAAUAUAUCUGUUCAUUUCCCACCAAUUUCCUCCCGCUAAACAUAUCCGUUCAUGUUUCCCACCAAUAUCCUCCCGCUAAAAAUAUCCGUUAAUUUCCCACCAAUAUCCUCCCGCUAAACAUAUCCGUUCAUUUCCCACCAAUAUCCUCCCGCUUAAUAUAUCUGUUCAUUUCUCACCAAUAUCCUCCCACUAAACAUAUCCCAUUAUUCCUUAAAAAUAUUUCCCGCUAAUUAUUUCUUACCAAAAUCCUCCCGCUAAACAUAUCCGAUCAUUCCUUUCCAAAAUCAUCCCGCUUAAAAUUAUCUUAUUUUUCAAUAGUAUUUUGCUGUUUCCUUCCAUCUUUUAUUUUUAUCGUUCUUUCUUUAUCCUACAUUUCCGUUUUCUUCUCCCCCUCCCCCGCACAGCUGUACUUCAAGAAAACUGGACUCCAUAAAUAUCAGUACAAGAAAUCUGUACUUCAAGAAUAUUAGUACAAGAAAUCUGUACUUCAAGAAUAUUAGUACAAGAAAACUGUACUUCAAGAAUAUUAGUACAAGAAAACUGUACUUCAAGAAUACCAAUACAAGAAAACUGUACUUCAAAAAUACUAGUACAAGACAACUGUGCUUCAAGAAUACCAGAACAAUAAAACCGUACUUCAAUAAUACCAGUACAAGAAAACUGUACUUCAAGAAUACCAGUGCAAAAAACUGUACUUCAAGAAUACCACAACAAGAAAAAUGUACUUCAAGAAUACCAGUACAAGAAAACUGUGCUUCAAGAAUACCAGUACAAGAAAACUGUACUUCAAGAAUACCAGUACAAGAAAACUGCACUUCAAGAAAACUAUCACAAGAAAACUGUGCUUCAAGAAAACCAGUAUAAGAAAACCGUAUUUCAAAUACCCGUACUACUAUUCAUCUCUUCAGUACAUAAAAAUAGAAGAAACAUGUACAAUGUACAUUACCUUGAAGCAGAAAUGCAAAGUUACGAUACAAAGUUUAAUUACAAGUGAGU